AUGCCGCAAUUUAAUAUCGCCUUUUUUGAAUUACGGCAGUAUCGGUAUCUAGUAAUGAUUUAUGAGGAUGACACAAAGGUUGCAAUAGUAACGGGAGGAAAUAAUGGUUUGGGAUUCAUAACUGUCAGAGAAUUGGUCCGUAAAAAUGCUCAUGUGUUCAUUGCAAGCCGUAGUAAAGAAAAAGUAUUUAAAAAAGAUAAAAAUGUUCAAUAUGGAAUUAAUAAUGCGGGUAUUAUGGCAACUGCAUUUGAAACAACUCAAGAUGGUAUUCAAGACCAGUUUGGCGUUAAUCAUCUUGGCCAUUUUCUCUUCACGAUCUUAUUACUACCAACUAUAAAAGCCUCAGCACCGUCACGUAUUGUCAAUAUUAGCAGUGUUGCUCAUGAGAAAGCUCCACCAGCGGGAAUAGAAUUUGACAAGUUGAAUGAUCCGAAAGCUCACAGUGCUUUUCAAAGAUAUGGUCAAUCGAAACUCGCAAAUAUUUUAUUCACCAUUGAACUUGAUAAAAGACUUUCAGGAACAAACGUUUAUUGCAAUAGUCUCCAUCCAGGAGUCAUAAAGACAGAGUUAUGGAAUGGUUUCGUUUCUUCUUGGGGUUCUUGGAUAAAACCAUUCCUCUACAUAGGAACAUCAUUUAUGUUAACGCCUGAAGAGGGCGCGUUAACACAACUUUAUUGUGCUACAAGUCCUGAAAUCGAAGAAAAAAAUCUUCACGCAAAAUAUUUUGUACCAUAUGGUAAAUUAGGAAAACCUACUGCUCAAGCUAAAAAUGAAGAAUUGGCAAAACAAUUAUGGGAUUUUUCAGAAAAACUUGUUAAAGAGAAGUUGGGUGAUGACGUGUUUAAUAAUGUCGGAUAG